UGUUCGCAAUUUACAAGUAUUAUCAUUGGUGCCGCAUAAACAAUGUCGGAUAGAUUAGAUAUAGAAAAAGUUUUGGAUCUCUUAAAAGAGUUCAUAAUCGAAAAACCUAAAAUAGUAAAUAUGAUACUUGAAAAAUCUAACGAAAAUAAUUCGGAUGGAAAUCCAAAUGAACAAAACCCAAACUAUUCGGCUUUCGAUCCGCCUCCGAAUGAUACCAUCGAAGACAUUUCUAUGGAUGUGGAAGAUGACACGAAAAAUGAUCAAUCAACUGGGCGAAAGAGUCUUGAUUUAUCGUUACAAGAGCGAGAAAUUAUCACGAGAUGUAUGACAGAUGAUUCCGUUUCCGAUGAUAGUUAUAAUGGCGCGGUGAAGGUCAUUAAUUGUGUUUUGGCUGUCCAUCAAAUAUGUAUUUUGCCAGACGGCAAGGAUAGUUGGAUCAUCGUAUAUCGUCACAACAACACUACCCCAACUAAACAAAUUGAUGUGAUUCCGGUAUCACCAGAAUUUGUUUUUCGAAGAGAUUUGAAUGAGAAUUUACGAAAAGAAAUAAAAUCUAUCCGUAUGUUUAAGGAUCUUGAAAACCCGUUAAAGUAUGUUACUUGCGAGACGGAAAUCGACAAACCAGAACUACGUCAAGAUCAGUUCAUUUGGUCGUUCGCUGUAUCGCUAGGUCUCGCCAUGAAGCAAGCGACAUAUCCAGAAUACGAUUUGCCUUUUAAAUGGGAAAACGGAAACGAUCUUAUCAGAACGCGCAUUAGAAAUGCAAUCGCUGAUAUUUUGCAAAAUGGUUUAAUAACAGAUGAUCCGAACGGCACUGUCUGGCAACAAUAACUUUUUAAAUGAACAUUUUUUUACUCUUUUAUUUUCAUGCAAAUAACUUACAAGUACUAUCACAUUUUAAAUCAAUUAAUAUUUUCCGAAAAAUACUACGU